UCCUCCAUAGUUAUUCUUUCUGCCCUCUUUAGCAAAAGGUAUGAACUUGUUGAAAGACUUAUUUGGUUCAGUAGGUGAUAUCCUCACAAAUCUCAAACCAACUGAUGAUCAUCAGAAUCAACGGAACCAAUCAAUAGAAAAAGAUCCAGCAAUGGAAAACAUCUCUCCAUCAAUUCCUGGUUCUAAUGAAAGAAUAGCGUAUAAACUAAAAAGUUACUUUGAAUUAGGUCAAGAAGAAAUUGCUAAAGCUGUGAAAGCAGAAGAAUCGGGUUUGAUUGAUGAUGCUAUUACUCAUUAUAAAAAUGCUCAUCGUAUAUUACUUGAAGCUAAAGAUACUAGACCUCCUUCUUACAUUUCAUCUAGUGAGCAGGAAAAGGUGAAAACUUAUUAUCAGAAGAUAUCGAAAUGGCAAGGUCAAGUUUCUGAGAGAUUACAAGUUUUAAGUCGCCGAACAGCCAGUUCUACCCCAUCAACUAGCAGGACUUUUGUAAGUUCAUCAUCCCCAAUAUCUGGUACUCGAAGAAAUGUAACACGUGCACCUUUGGUAUCCGGUAGGAACAAUGUAGCUGUGAGGAACCAGACAGAUAGUACUAUAGGAUCUAAACCGGCUCGUGAAUCUGGUAAUUAUGAUUCAAAGCUGGUUGAAAUGAUAGAAAGUGCAAUAGUGGACAAAAGCCCUUCGGUUAAAUGGGAAGAUGUUGCCGGUCUUGAGAAGGCAAAGCAAUCUCUUCUGGAAAUGGUUAUAAUCCCAACACAAAGACCAGAUCUUUUCCCUGGUGGUACUAUCCGCCGACCACCAAAAGGUCUUCUUCUCUUUGGUCCACCUGGUAAUGGGAAGACCAUGCUUGCUAAAGCUGUUGCAUCAGAGUCCGCAGCUACGUUUUUUAAUAUUUCUGCAUCUUCUCUAACAUCGAAGUGGGUUGGAGAAGCUGAAAAGCUUGUUCGCACUCUUUUCGAGGUUGCGAUUUCAAGGCAGCCUUCUGUAAUCUUCAUGGAUGAGAUUGAUAGCAUUAUGUCAACAAGAUUGGCUUAUGAGAAUGAUGCAAGUAGAAGGUUAAAGUCGGAAUUCUUAAUCCAGUUUGAUGGAGUGACCUCAAAUUCUAGUGAUCUUGUGAUCGUAAUUGGUGCAACUAAUAAGCCACAAGAAUUAGACGAUGCUGUUCUUCGCAGACUGGUGAAGCGUAUUUAUGUACCUCUACCAGAUGAAAGUGUGAGGAGGAUGCUUUUCAAAAAUAAACUUAAAGGUCCAGCAUUUUCAAUACCAGGAGGAGAUCUGGAAAGACUUGUAAAAGAGACAGAAGGUUAUUCCGGAAGCGAUUUGCAAGCCUUGUGCGAAGAAGCUGCUAUGAUGCCAAUUAGAGAACUUGGAUCAAAAAUUCGGACAGUGAAGCCCAAUCAGAUACGCCCGCUUAGAUAUGGAGAUUUUAAGAAAGCAAUGUCUGUGAUUAGACCAAGCUUACAGAAAAGCAAGUGGGAAGAACUUGAAAAGUGGAACCAGGAAUUCGGCUCCAAUUGAAGGGCUAAUUUAUAAAAAGCAAAAACAAAUCAUGAUUUGGAUUGUAAACUUUGGCGCAAGGCUGGCUUAUCAAAGAAUGACUCUUUAUUACUACAGUAUACGUAGAUCUUCUCUCCAUUAUGUAAAUAAUUUUUUUGUUCAAAGAGUAAAGAAAAAGAAGCCGCGUGUGUAUGAUCCACAAAAAACAGAUAAUAAUGUAAACAGUAAAGACUGACAUUUAUAGAGAACUGACAAGUUCUGUUUUCCAAGUUAUUUAAUAUUGCAUCUUUGAUU